AACUCUUUAACGCUUUCUCUCAUAGACGAAGUCAUCUCACAGAGCGACUUGUACAAAGCAUACAGUCACGUGAACACUAUCGUCUUUUUCAUUGGUUACCCACGAAGUCGUCACAGCCUCCUCGGUUCACUAUUGGACGCUCAUCCGCACAUGGUUAUUUCAGACGAGACAAUGGCUUUUAAUCGAUGGAAAGCGAGAACAGAUCAGUGGAUGCAGCACUCAAUAUACGCUUAUUACGACACGAUGUUUAGGGCUUCACAUCGCGCUGUUUCACACGGUAGAAGAUCACGUGUGUUUAACGAUACCGUCGUAAACAAGUCGUCCGCAUACGGAUAUUAUGUCCCAAAUCAAUGGCAAGGAGCAUUCGACUCGUACAUUGAGGUAAAACAGUGUCAUUUUUCUUUUUUAUGAAUCAUGCCGUGAGACCUGUAAUGUUUUAUUGAUUUUCCAAUUAGAAAAUUUGAAUACUGGCUUGCGAGAAGGCAAAGGAAGACUUUACAAUAUGCGAUCAGCUUUAUAUGUGCUGAUAGGAAUGCAUGCAAAGAACGUGAAGUGUCCUAGCCUGGUCACAGACCCUCUAUUUUCUCUUAAGGGAUCGUUGAGCGCGCGUAUGAAAAUAAAAACCGCAGGGGAUUUAUUUACCGCUAGGGCAAGGAAGUGGAGAGGGCGCUCCGCGUAAAACAGCCUCUCAAAAGCAUUCUUUCAUCAACAGAUAAUCGGUGAUAAGUCGGGAGCCUUUACUGCUGGUGCGAUGACCUCGGACAAUGGAGUCGAUGCAGUUCACCUUUUGGAGAAAGCGUCCGGAGCCCAAGUGAAAUUUGUUCAUGUUGUGAGAAAUCCCUUUGAUAACAUUGCGACCAUGACCCUACAACAUAGACAGGUCAAAGGCCGGGAUGGGACUCAUGAAACAAAGGUAAGCUGCAGUGACGUGUAUAUAACGUACAGGCUCUGGAUCAAAUCUGAGUCCGUUCAACAAAAAAGAAAAAGAAAAUAGAAAAAACGCAGGCCAAUGAACAGUAUGGCAAAUUCGUUCCCAGGACUUUGAGCUAUUGUGAGGGAAAGGCCUCGGGGCCUGGGAACGAUUUGGAGGUUAAUUAUAAUUCGACCUAGGGUGGAUUUAUACUGAUGCGUAAUUUUUGCGUGCCUGCGCACGUAAAUUUUACGCGACAGUGGAAAUCCACCUUAAGAGAAGAACUGAUUGAAACAAAAUAAAUAGAUAAAUAAAUAAAUGCUUUUUCAACAUAUUCCUCCCCCGAAAUGACUGAGAUGGAUAACCGAGGAAAUAGUCUUACCAGAGGAUUAUAAGCACUUAUCGUCUUAUCGUUUCUUGUUAACAUAAUCAUCUUCUUUCUGAUGUAUUUUAGCAGAUCAAUGCUCCUGAGAUACUUGACGAAAAAAUAGGCCAGUACUUUAACUGGGCGGAAGGAUGCAACAAAGCCAGAAUUUCCUUUCCCGGUCGAGUUCUAGACAUCCCCAGCAUGGAAAUAGUGAAAAGACCAGCGGACACUUUGAGAAAAAUAUGCGCGUUCUUACAAAUCACGUGCUCGGAGAACUAUAUCCUGGAUUGCGCGAACACUGUAGACCCAGUUCCUUCUAUAACACGUGACUUUGUAGCAUGGACUGAAAAUCAAAAGAAAACAGUGUAUGAACAAAUGAAAAGGUUUUCUUUUUUUGAAGGUUAUUCUUUUGACAAGUCUGACAAGUAA